UCGUCUGGAAAGUCUUCGGAAAACCCAGGGAAAACCUCAGACACCACAGCUGGUGUAGGAUUCGAACUCACCACCGCAGCACGACCUUGGCUAGUGCAAACGAGCGGGACACCUUAACCCGCUCGGCCAUAACGCUUGUAAGCGUAAUUUCAAAAUCGUGCACUCUAUAUUACCGUUACCAAAUAUUUGACCCGAACUGCAAGGGCAUAAAGUAAUUGAAGUGACCAUAAAAUCAAUUUAUAUCGCGACGGCGACAGUAUUAUAGAAGAAGAAGUGUCCAGAGGAUAGGCGCCACGCGCUCACGGCCACUGAACUGGUUGACCUGUCUUCUCUGACCUCACCUGUCCUCAUUCAGGUUCUAUUCCCCUCAAGGAGCCACGCAAGAAUCAUCUCGAAGCCCUACGUUGGACCAUCCAUCAGGCGUUAUGGCUGCCUCGCCGUCAACCAGUCGUACAGUGUCUCAACUGAAACUACGUCGGAAACCCACGCGUCUCACGAAAUUCGCAAUCAACGCCCUGUACGUGCUGACACCACCUGCAUCGUCAAGCUCCAAACGCUCCCCGGUACAGAAGUUCAAACGCAUAAUGAUCUUUUUCAUCCCGGUACUUCUGUUGCUGGGUGUUGUAACCUAUUUUGUCAUCAAGCAUUUCAGCGGCCGGAAACAUUACCUGCUCUGCGAUUCGCAAGCUUGUAGUGCGUUCGAAGUAAUGCUCAGUAGGACCAUCAACCACCAUCUCGACCCGUGCGACAACUUCUACGUCUUCGUCUGUGAUGGCUGGAACAGGGCUCAGUUGAAGUCUGUCUACCGUAGCCACCUGGACCACUUUCUUGCGCUGCUGAACGACAAUCUCCAGGGAAAUGUUCCUCGAUAUGGGCAGAAUUCACAUGAAAAGGCGGCAGCAUUCUUUCAAGCGUGCAGAAUGGCUGCACAGAAGAAUCGUGGAGAUACGCACGGCUUCAGAAAUAUUCUCUCUGAAAGCAACGUAGACUGGCCCAGCAUCUCUGAGAAGGCGGACGUGCUCUUGUCAUUGGCCAGGUUUUUCAGGAUCCUUAGGAUAACGAACCUUUUGAAUAUUGAAAACAGUGGAAAUGCAUUGGUCAUUCAUGGCGGUGCCGCAGAAGCUUCCAACUACAAGAAGAGGGCCGCCGUAAUUCAAAACUCGGGAAGGUACCAAUGGUACUACGAGACGUUUCAAAAUGCCACAAAAGGAGCACGUACGAGGGAAGAAUUCAUGCUUCCAUACUCCGAAUUUUUCCAAGUCGAAGUUGCAAUACUCGACAAUCUCACAAACUACACGAAGAACACUAGCACGAACCCACCGAAGAACUUACAUGAGCUGGCGAACCUGACGAAUGAAAUUUCUUACGAGCGUUGGUUAAGACUCGUGACAGAGGAGCUUGUCCUCCCUGCAGAUGCCCCAGUAUUUAUCAGCGAGGAUGACUCUGAUUACCUACGAGCGUUUAGCGGACUUUUGAACAAAAUGGAAGAGAAGUAUAUUCACUACGAAGUAGGCUGGAUUAUGGUUCAACAGUGUGCUCCUUUCAUCAAUAGCAAAGUUCUGGGCGCCUAUGUGGGCGACUUUGACCCAUCCGACAUAGGGAAACAUGCAGAUCUACAAAACCUUAACCUCUGUCUUCAACUCACAGAAACCUACAUGGGGUGGUCAAUCUACGAGAAGUUUUCUGAGAUAUACGCUCCAAGCGCUUCCAUAAAAGAAGUACGUAAGAUAAUCGAUGACAUUGGCAAAGUCGCUUUUAUUAGGACCGGGGCUACAGAAGACAGCAUGGGUACACGUUAUGUCAACUCUCCAUUGCGACAACAGUUGCACUUAAUGACCAAAUACCAAGACCGCUUUGAGGGUCCCGAUUUUCUGAACGCCAUAUUCUUCAACAUCAGUGACAUGGGUCCUUUCAUCUUCCAGAACUGGCGCAGAGUUAUUCACGAUUUCCUCACGCGCGGAAACCUGACCCUUUGGAAGUUGGUCAGCACACGUUUCAUAUUUGGAUUACUCGCCACGAGUGAGGCCUACAAUCUCUACAACGUAGCUGAAAACACGUACUUGGUACCGCCCUAUGCGAUGAUGCUUCCACUGUACGACAUUAACGUCAUGAGUGCAGUCAAGUACGCUGCAUUAGGAUCAGUCAUCGCCUCGGCGGCAAUCGCUAUGACCGGGUCUUCCAACAGGAGCAGAGGCUCAGUCAGAAAUCAAUCUCUUGACGAGCACACGAAAAAACGAAGUGCGUGGUGCGGCAGCUGCGCUAGAGAUAGCCUGGGAAGCAUAUACGAAGGCAACGGAAUAUGCUGAGGAUGUUCGAUUUCGUCAUCUGCCGCACUUGUCGUCCGACGCAAUGUUUUUUGUCGCUACGUGUUAUAUUCUGUGUGGCCAGCCUUCUGACACUUACCCAGCAUUGCGAUGCAACGAGCCCUUGAAACAUCGACCUCAGUUCACUCGAACUUUUUCUUGUAAUGAUGUCCAGAACAUGUGACCGCUACCGGUGACCAUAGCUAGUUUAUAUCACAUCCCAGGAAAUAAUACUCCCAAAUUAAAUAUAUGCCCGAUGAGAUUGGUGCUAAUGGUUUCGUUGUACUUUAUAUACACCAAGGGGUUGCCACCAAAGGGGAUACACCAAGUGUGCUCUUUCGACAAGGGACGUUGUGUACCACAAGAUUCCAACGGGAAAUGCGCGGAAACGAAAAUGGUUGCAAGCGCUUGUUCGAGACAUUGAUCCACGCAUUAUUUGCUCAACCCAUUUCUCUGACGAGUCGUACGAAAUGGUAGCAUGGGACGCCCGAAAAUGUCUCAAACGGACCGCAGUCCCGAUACCAUCUCCUUGUGACGUCUGACGAUGCGGACACCAAUGCACACGAGGUAUGUAUUUACCGAUACACAGGAAUUCAAAUUCAGAUUGAUUUUUGUGAUGCCUACACUGCGUAAUGUACCAAACGGAAGCUGAACAUCGUCUGAAACCGCGCAGCAAGCGAAGCUCCUGUUUCGUCAGCACGCCAACUGCUGCUUGCGCCGCCAGUCGGAUUCCGGAGCAGUAGUUGCUUCUGACGGCGUACGGCAGAAUAGCCAGUUUUCUAGGACAAUACUGUAAGAAUCAGAAUCACGAGAAUUGAAUUACGGCACGAAGAAGCUAUCUCAAUGCACAUGAACUCCAGUGACAAGUUCUUGCUCACUCUUGACGACGAACAUUGCUCGUUGCUGGUCGCCGCGGCAAGCCAUUGCUCGCGGCGACCAGCUUCGUACCACCACCUAGGAAACUAGUAGAAGUGGAUUCCUGGUGAGUUCCGAUAACUGCUACUUCAGAAUGGCUAUGUUCGUUUAUUCAACUCGCGCCUCCCGCGAUUUGGAGUCGUGUCCCAUGAGGCUCAUCGUACGUCAUCGACUCCAGCGACCGGCAUCGAGGGGAGAGUCACAGCAAACAGACUGUCGAGCUGAAUCCUCGAGUUUUAUAACGGAUGUGACUGCCACAGGAAUGACAUCACGAGAGCUGCGCAGAGGGAAUUUUGGCACACCAAGAGUCGGCUGUCUCGAGUUGCACGUGUCCAAUAAACGAACGCAACCGUA